GUUGGUUCUGGAAAAAACGAUGAAAAUCGGUUAAAGUAUACAAAACAAUUAAAUGUCGAUCCCCAUACCAUGGCAUAGAAAAGUAAUUUCUAAAAUAAUGUAGAUUUGUAGGUUGCGAUUUGGAUGAUCUUCUCAGAGGCGAGCAGAAGUUUAUGUGCAGGUUAAUGUUGCAACCUGGCCAGCGACAAAAUCGUUGCUGAUGAAUAUAUGCGUCCCUUACUAUUCGUUUUGCUCACUAACGAAAUGCACGUAAAAAGGGACUGUUUUUGGCUUCUCCGGCGAUGUACAACGGGCGCCUACCGAGUUGCGGGGUGAUGGAAUUUCAACCAAUCAGACUUUGAAUUUAGUUGACGUCGUCUGCUUCCGGCUUGGCGCCACCAUUAACUUUCCAUGUGUGUAUUUUUGUUGCCAAAAUCAAGGUGCUGCAGGCCCCUGUUGCAGGCAUUUAAAAACCUUUUGCCCUAACCAUCAUUUGCCUUAACCAAUGGCUGCAUCAGUGACUGAGCUUUUUCAUGCUAUAACUUCCAAGUUUAACAUCAAGCUUGGUAGGAUCGACAAUUCCAAAGGACUGGAAUUUUUGCUACAUAAAGCUGCAGGAGAGGGACACAAGAAGUUGCUUGUCAAAGUAUUAGAGAAAGGAAUAUCAGUGGAUUUCCAAAAUGACAAAAACCAGACUCCAUUGUUUUGUGCAGUCUUACAAGAAAGAAAAAAUGUGAUUGAUACAUUACUGGAACAUGGAGCAAACCCAAAUGAGCGUUGUGAUAAUUUUUGCUGCACCCCGGUUCACCUCGCUUGUAGAAUUGGUUGUGUUGAAAUAUUGGAGAAGUUGUUAAGUGCAGGGGGUGACUUGCGUCUUCAUGACAUUGAUGGAGAAACACCACAGGAUUGGGCAAUGAACAUAGAUGAUCCUAAAAGACGAAAGAAAAUGCUCGAUUUUAUAGAGAAAACACGACUGUUUGCAAUGACCCACUCUGGAAGGGAUAUAUUAUUAGAAAAUCAGUCAAGUCAUUACAUGAACAGACUGGUUCCAUUUUAUUUCAAGAUCAUAAUGAAUUUUCUGUUGUUUAUGGUAAGUAUAAAAUCUUCCUAAGUACAUGCACUGUAGUUGCCAAAAAUAAUAUGAAGUUGAAUAAGUUGAAUGCUCGAUGUGGUCCUUAUUUUCUGAUUGCUACCCUUAUGCACUUCCCAAUGAAAGUAGUUUAUGUAUCAGAACCAAUACAAAAUUGGUCACCCAUAAUCAAGUUCCAAUUUGUUUCCUCUUUCCCCUUUUUUCCAU